AUGGCUGAUCAAAAGCCGCUAUGUACCCCACCUGAGCUGAUGCUCAAGGUUGUCCUGGCCGGAACCCUGAGUCAUUAUGAGACGCGGGGCAUGAUCGACGAAAAACGCCUCGAGCACAUGCUCGCCGCCGGAAAGCAGAUCUUGUAUAAGACUCACCAAGAAAGCGAAGUCCGAAACAACCUUGGCAUGUCGCCGGACAUCUGGCAAGGCCUCACAGAUGUCCUUACAAAGGCGAUUCCCGUUCUCGAAUCUCAGUCGUUUGCCUGGAAAAGCCCGGCCGCCAGUUACGAGCACUCUUCGUCCAAUCUCAUUGCCUUCAACUAUUUUUCUCUGGUCAAGGAUAUCGAACGUCUGAAUGAUUUGUGUACCAUCGCCCGGAACUUAUUGGCAACAACCAAAAAAGCGCAGAACCUUGCUGCGGAGAAAGGAUUCGACCAGAGGAUUCUUGCACUGAUCGAUACCUGUGUACGUGUGACGGCGCGCGGCUUCGACGGCGAAACAAAUGCUCGAAAUGAAGAACGCUGGCAGAAAGUAGUCAACCUUUACAAACGCUUGUUGAUCACCUGCCUGCAAUAUCUUCACAACUUUAUCAUGCACAACGAGCAGCGAAAGAUGGUUCUCUGGCUUGAUCUAUUCGGAUACCACUCCACGGCUGACACGAAUAUCAUCAAGCCGAAGGAAGCUCUGGAUCCCACUGCCCGUAUCGAGGGUGUUGCACCUAUUGUUCGAGUUGGCGAGCGUGUCAUCAACCCGCCUAUCCGGGCACUCUAUGAUCAAACUGCGGAAGACCUCCUGCUGGAGACUAUAGCGAAGUUUCCACGAGAGCCUUCUACGAUCAAGGAAGAGGCUGCCAUGUUGCUCCUUGCUAACAUCAAAGACCACAUGGAAAAGAUCCUCGGCCGGGACCUCUCUGAUAUUCAAGAGAUGGGUAGAGACCCCGAGCAGGUCAAGUACAUCCGUGCUGCACUGACUUCCAUCUUGGGAGCUAAGGUUGAUGGGUGGUCUGAUCUUCAAGACCGGGCCCGUGAACUGCCUCCUGCUCUUCCGGAAGAGGAAGACCAGGAGCCCACCAAGAAGAAGAACAUUCUCACCAUCGAUCGCAGCUUGACUGCUGGCUUCCCACGGCUGUGCUGGGCGGACUUGCCUGAAGUGAAUGACUACUCCGUCGAUGCGUCCGUGAGCGAAGAGGACACCAGCAUGCCUCGGUCCGCUCAAUCGGCGGCCGAGACUCUGCAAGAUGCUAAGGACGAAUUGAUGGCCCGACUCCAAGAGUCAUCCCAAAUGGGUGACGCCGAUGGCGAUUAUGAUGCUGCCGACUCCGGGACGGUGGAAGGCGAUGAUGCCCACAGCCUGGAAGGCCAUGCUGAUGGAAGCAUCGAGGGAGAUGAAGAGGACGAUGGCGAUGAUGUGGACGGAGCCGAUGAUUCUGCGGAUGUGGAUGACGAGGAAGACGAUGAUGACUACCAUGGCCGUCCUGGUGAUCAACAGCGUGGCCUACUGACCGAUAUUCCCCUUGUCCUGGGUCCGGCAGAAAUUGAGGCUCUUCCCAUGAUUGUCCAAGCCGGAAUUGUCGACAGCUUCGGGCUCAAGGGUGGAGAGCGCAACGGUUCGCGGAACAUGCAAGCUCUCCGGUGCCACAUCCUGCUCACACAGGAAACUGGUCGUAACCUGCUGCGCGAACUUCUGAUUUUCAUUGCAGCAUGGGAUCUUCCCGAUGAUGAGCUUUAUUUCAAGAUGAUGGUCCAAAUCAUGGAGGCGGUGCUUCGUAAUGGGCUGAUGUCCCACGCAUACUCUGAUUUCGGUCAACAGAAGGAUAUCAUCUCCCCAGCACAGGCUGUGGUCAUCAAGAUCCUCACGCACAUCUUCCGAGCCAAGUACUCGCCUGCUUCUGUGACCGGCUCAACUCAGAACAGCGUCCCUCGCAACCCGUCGCCUCUCAGCCGCGUGGAUAUUCUCACUGUUCGAUACAUCUUCACCAUCUUCCGUGGCAACAUCAUCCCUGAGACCUGUGCAUUGAUCUACCUGCAAGGCCAGAUCCGCGCCGAGCGUGCCCUACCGGAAGACUUCCCGCUGAACCUUUGGGAUAUGGAGCGUGUAUACGAGGGUGUUUACCAAUUCCUCGAGUUCUUCGCCGUUCUUACCGAAAACAACGACUGGAAGAACCUGCUCGUGCAAUGGGAGAUUGUCUACGACCUGGUGACCCUCAUCAAGGAAUUGGAGGCCAGCAUCCCCAAGGGCCAGCUCAACAACCUGCCGUUCGGCCCUGUUCCGCCACCUCCCCCGCCGCCUGCCACCUCUUCCCCUGAUAUUCGAUCGGCCUCUCCGGCACCUGUGGCCGUUGAGCGUCCCUACGAUCCGACCGAUCCCGACCCAAUUGACGACGCUGGCAGUGUCGACUCUCGCCCGGAAUCCCCGCCGAUCACCGAAGACCCAUCCGAGUUCGAAUGGCGCAAUCUGAAGAAGCUUGUUGUUCUCGUCCUUUCCUCGUUGGUCUGGAAAUGCCCUGAAGUCCAGGAGCAGAUUCGUCGCAAUGGUGGUGUUGAGGCUAUUCUCUGCUGCACAGCCUUCGAUGCCCACAACCCUUAUAUUAAAGAGCACGCGGUAAUGUGCUUGAAAUUCUUGCUUGAAGGCAACCGCGAGAAUCAACGACUCGUUGAGGAGCUCGAGGCUCGCGAGGUUGUCAAGGAUGAUGGUGGUGUUCUGGAGCGCAGUGGCUACGAGGCCAUGAUUGAUCAAGCUGGCAAGCUUUCCAUCAAGCCGAAGGAUGAAAGCUAG